UAAAGAGAUCAGACUGCAGAUGUCUUCACUGGUAAUAAUCCUUAUUUUUGUGCUUCUGUUUGAAGCAGGCAUCAGUGAAAGACACUAUGUCUACUGCAGAGUUGGAAGUGAUGCCGUUCUGCCCUGUGGCAAUGUUUCCUCAUCUGACUCCACAUGCUCCUCCAUUAACUGGCUUUACAGUAGAGAUUCAAUGUCUUCCGCUAUAAUAGGGGUUGAAGAUGGAAAUGUUAAACAGAACUCAGUCAGAGCUGGCAGACUGAGUCUGAGCAGUGACUGCUUUCUGAUCAUCAAAAACGUCACUGCUGAGGAUGCUGGUUAUUACACCUGUCGUCCUGAGAAGACCUUGAAACAAGAAACACUUGUGCAACUGUAUAUUCUGACCAUCUCUCCAUCUCCACCAGAUGUUGAUCCAAAGACAGAUGAUGAGGUCACAUUAAAAUGCUCCCUGUUGAGAUACGAUGGACUCGGUCCUUGUCCACUGAACAGCAUCCGUUGGGUGGAUGAGAAUGGAACCCUACUGCGUGGUGAAGGUGUCGGGUACAAGUUUAAAGGACAAACAAGCUGCGUUUCUCUUCUGACUGUGAAGCAUCAGAGCAGCCACAACAACAGAAGAUACACCUGCCAGUUUAUUGAGGAAAACAGUGUGAAGAUAGAUGCUCACUACACACCUGUCUUCACAGAUUCCACAGAUCAGUCUCCAACUUCAUCCAUCUACUACAUCAUGUUGAUGCUUCGCAUUGCAACACUGGUCCUGAUGCUUGGAAUCACAGUUGGUGUGAUCACAUAUAGAGGAAGGAAAAAACUCCCUGAAGACACCAAUGUUCAUUUUGUUGCUGACACUGGUGGUGACACAGUCGACUAUGAAAAUGUAGGAGAUCAUUCUGCUGCUGCAGCGCUGCACUGAACUUCAACUUGCUGGGAAACAGGAGCCAUUGCAAUUAUUUUAAUCUAAUUUUAUAAGUGGCAGAAGCUUUGAGAUCAGAAAAUAAGAUUUGCUUUCUCUUCAUGUUGUGUUAUUUGUCUCUCUCUGUCACAUUAUGCCCAACUUCCAUCCUCCCAGUCUCAUAAAGUGAUCUUUAAAUCUUUUGAAUAUUACCCAAAAUACACCGUUAUCCAGUUCAAACAGUAGAUGUUUCAUCCUCUAUAUAUUACUGAACCCCAUUUACUUAGAAUUUGGCAGAAUGUGUACGAUUACUGCAAUGGGCAUCAAUUUAAGGAAGUUCUCCUGUCAAUAAUGUUGUUUCAUUUUGUGUUUCACAGUUGUUGGAUUCAGGAAAUUGUGUAACAGUUAAUCUGAACUGGUCUCACUUGUGUCACAUCAUUUGAGGAAGCCAAAUAAUAGAUAAGAAGUAAAUAUAACUUCUUCCUUGUAACUAUGAUUCAUUCAAAUGAAAUAAACCUGAAAGCCACA